AUGGCAUCUGGCAAUCCAGGGCUAAUGGAUGACCCGGCCACACGCAUCCCGGGGCAGCUGCUCCCCCACAUGCACCUGGUUUCGCGCAAUCGGUACCCUAGCAUGCAUAUGAUGCCCUCUGAGACCGCGGUUGAGUAUCUGAUCAGUGCGCCGCGAAUCUGCCAAACACAACCGAUGCAUUGGACAUUCCUUGAUGGUCCGCCAGACGGAACUGUCAUGCUCACGUGGCAACCUCAGAAUCACUUGGGUAAUAACUUUGCCAGUGACGGCUAUAUUUGGGCGGACCAAGAACAAGCAUUUACCUUUGAAUCCCGUGGCUAUACUGUUGAGAUGUACCUUCACAGAAGCGGUUUCCACCUCCCGAACGAGACUGUGGCUACCCACUGCCGCAAGCGUUACCGCAUUGCCUCGUCCAAAGGACCGAAUUCUCCUCCGAUAGACCCGUCACUGUGGAUUGUACACUACACGCGCGCAGCAGCUCCUGACCAUACGCCUGCAAACCGAAUCUCAGUCACACCCCCCAUUCAGGCAAUGAUGACCCAGCGACGCUUCCUACAAAGCCAAGGACAGCUGGCCCGCAAGGACUUCAUGCUUCAUGAUCGCAAUAGCUGGCCAGUUAUCAACUUCCCACAAAUGACCCCUCAGAACUUCCAGCAACCCGGUGCUUACCCAGCUGCGGCACCCCGCGGGCCUGGACUUUAUCCUCCCCAGGGUCAUCCAGGUGCCGUUGCGCCUAAUGUCCCUAUGAAAGCCCCACGCGGACACCGUGCGCCAUCGGCUGCUCUGGCUUCUGCUACAGCAGACUUUGCCGUGGAGGACGAAGAUGUUUCCAGUGGUGACGCAUUGGAUCUUUUGACUCCCCGCGAUAUUAGCAAGAUGCGAUACCAGCAGCAUCACGAGUGGAUGGAGGAGAUUUUCGCAUCGCCUUACAGUAUCUCACAGAUCACGCCAGUCUCUUUGGGUCUGGGUCGGAAGGGAGAGCUCGAGUCGUUGACCGCAGGUUUCUUUGAUGCCCCGAUUGGAGCUUCUGCCGGUGACGGCCAGGAGGCGACUGACGCCACGCAAGCCACCAAGAUGGAGCCGGCCAAGGCGGAGGAGUUUGCCGAACGUGUUACUAAGAAGGUGGCAGACAUGAAUGCCGAGAUUGAAAACUUGAAGAUAAAACAUGCUCGCCGAAUGGAACGUUUCAACCGAAGCUCAUUGUUCAAGGAUGCCGAGCUGCGCCUUCGAGAGGCGGCCGCUGACCCAACUGACAAGGGCCCAGAGAUCUGGCGACUGGAGGGCCGGGUGGUCAUUCCAACAGAGGACGAGACCCCGCAAUUAGACUACGUCGAAGACAGGGCCAAAUACCGGGUUGACGAGGUUGUUCGGGAAGUGGAGACUGCCUGGAAGAAGCAAAUCGUGUCCGAGCCAAAGGUGUCCUGUGUCGAGAAGGGGGGUUUGUUGGAGAAGAUCGAACCCGAACACAAAGACGAGCCGGAGUCAUUCACCAACGAUAUGCUGAUGGACCACGAGGAUUCUCACUUACUCAACCAAUUCGGUAGCCCCGGCGUUGGCACAGGCACCGGUGUCUCCGUCAAUGGACAUCCGAUUGGUGGUGACAUCCCCGGUGAUGUCGACAUGGACCUCGGUGGCCAACUUCACGGUGCCGGUGGCCAGGCCAACGAUUGGGUGAUGGUCAACAAUGAGAGCAAAGACCAUGGCCCUGUCGGUGGAGACUUUGACUUCACCAACAUUGACAGUGCCGGUGAUGCCUUGGCAGCCUAUAGCGAGCAGAACGACGGGCUUGACUUGCCAGACCUGGAGAACUCCGCCUUUGGCGACGCAUUCCACGCAUCGGACAAUGAACACUCGCAUAACCCUGAUACGGAUGACAUUUCCUAG